AUGGGAAAGUUGUUUGCUAAAUUCGAUGGAUUCGUCACGAGAGACCAAUGGGUUUAUCUAAGUUUCACUAUUCUUUUGGAGGAAAUAGAGAAUAUUUUGGUCUCAACUUCUGGUGAGCGAGCUCUUUGUGAUGAAAUCUUUGAUGAGGCGGAGAACGAUCGAGAUGCUGAUGACUACAUUGUUCAAAGUUGGAAGAAUAGGUAUUUUAUUGACAAAAAGCCAGUUUUUCUUCCAUUCAUGUAUGAUCGUGAUGUCCAUGCCCAAGUAGCGGCCGCCGAGAAAGAGGCUGCAGAAAAAGAGGCGGAUAAUGUGGAGGAAGAACCGCAACUGGUGUCGAAUGAUGAAGUGGAAAAGCUAAAGAAAGACAUAUACAAGGCUAAAACUUGGAAUGAUAGCCGUUUUGAUCAUGUCUAUUGCUCCGGUGGUGGUGGUACAACCGGUGUUGGUGGUGGUACAACUGGUGGUAUGAUGGUACAACUAGUGGCGACACCAAAUGAUGGUGGUCAUGGUGUCGAGACACCAAAUAAUGUCCAGCCAGAGCCUGUUGAAGAAUUUGAAUCAUGUGACGAAGGAUCAAAGGACUGUGAGGGAGAAGGAUCGAAGGACUGUGAGGGGGAAGGUUCCAAGGACAAGGAGGGAGAAGGUGGGAAGGAUGAAGUAGUUGGUCAAAAGAGGACGAGGAAGCCAUCAAAUGCAAAGAAGUCUCCCUUCACCACUAUGACGGAGGAAAAAAAGAGGAAGAAAGCAAAAUCCAAGAAAGGUUGA